AUGGCAUCUCCUCAGAAAAUCCGCACUACCAUCACCGAUCUGCUCAAGAUCAACCACCCCGUCUUUUUGGCAGGCAUGAACGUGGCUGCUGGGCCCAAGCUGGCUGCAGCAGUCACGAACGCCGGUGGUCUUGGUGUCAUUGGUGGUGUUGGCUACACCCCCGAGAUGCUCCGUGAGCAGAUCGAUGAACUUAAGAGUUUCUUGCAUGACAAGAACGCACCAUUUGGUGUUGACCUUCUGCUUCCCCAGGUUGGCGGCAGUGCUCGGAAGACCAACUACGACUACACCAAGGGAAAGCUCAACGAACUCGUCGAUAUCAUCAUCGAGAGCGGCGCUAAGCUCUUCGUUUCCGCUGUUGGUAUCCCCCCGAAGCACGUUGUCGACAGAUUGCAUAGCCAUGGAAUCCUCUACAUGAACAUGAUCGGCCACCCCAAGCACGUUCAGAAGUCGCUGGAUGCCGGCGCAGAUAUCAUCUGCGCUCAAGGUGGUGAGGGUGGUGGACACACUGGUGAUGUUCCCACUACCCUCCUUAUCCCAACCGUUGCAAAGCUGUGCCGAGGCAAGAAGAGCCCUAUGACUGGUCAGCCCGUGCAGGUCGUUGCGGCUGGUGGUCUGUACAACGGCCAGACCGUUGCUGCUGCUCUGAUGCUUGGUGCCUCUGCUGUCUGGAUUGGUACCCGCUUCAUCUUGGCUGAUGAGGCUGGUGCUCCUGAGGCUCACCAGGAGGCUGUCCGUACUGCCAGCUUCGAUGACACCGUUCGCACCAUUAUCUUCACUGGUCGUCCCCUUCGUGUCCGCAAGAACGCCUACAUCCAGAACUGGGAGGAGAACCGUGCCCAGGAGAUCAAAGAACUCACCGCUAAGGGUGUCAUCCCUGUUGAGCACGACUUCGAGAACCUGCCUGAUGAUGUUGACGAUGAUACCAUUGACAACGCCCGUCCCUACCUGAUGGGUAAGACCGCCGCCGUGGUCGACGAGAAGAAGCCUGCCAAGGCUAUCGUCGACGAGCUGGUUGAUGAUGCUGCUGUUCUACUGGCGCAGGGCAACAAGAUGCUUGCUAAGCUGUAA